GAAAGUGGUAAACUAGGAGAAGCUGCUACCAAGCCACCACCCAUGAAAACAGCAUCAUGACCAGUCUCAUCCAACCAGAACCACAAGCAACUAAUACGAAGGAAAACCAGACGACAGUCAAGACAACCACCAACCAAAUAACGACUGUAGAAACAAAGACGACGGUGGCCAUCCUAAAGACCAAUCCAAAACAACAACAACAACAACAACAAUUGCUCGUCAAUUUCACCCCAAGACUGUCGACCUUGGACCCACACAAUCAACUGCUACAUCAAAACCCAUUGAGAGGACUCUAUGCGCUCUUCUGGAUCUUACUCGGCUUCCAUAUCAUCGCCACCUUACAUGCCUCAGGUUCUUUGGUCAUCCAAUCCCCACUCGCCAGACUCUUCUCUAAACAUCUCCCCCAGCUUGCUCUCGUUGAUCUCUGUCUGGUAGCCUCUACUUUCUCGGCUCUUGGUUUCGCCAAACUUCUUUCUAACAGAUAUUUUGAUUACUGCCAUACCGGUCUAAUCUUGCAACAUCUUUUCCAAUUCAGCUGGCUUGGAGCAUGGAUACUGUAUAUCUUUUAUAGAGAAUGGCCAUGGAUCCAAUCCGGAUUUUUGACGCUACAUUCGAUUACCAUGUUGAUGAAGAUCCAUUCGUAUUGUGCGACUAAUGGAGAAUAUUCAGUUCAAUUGAAGAGUUUGGAAUCUAAGAUGAAGGAAUUGAAGCGAUCCAAGGUGAUCGAAAUUAAAGAGGAUGAUCAACAGCAUCACAAAACACUCGUCUCUACUGUAGUGAAGACUGGAAUCUAUCAAAAGUUACAGCAGUUCGUCGAUCAGAAGAAAGAACAACCAACGACUAUCGAUCAGAGUUUAGGUUCAAAUUCUCAAUCCGAUCAGGGUCCAGAAAAACCGAUGAAUGAUGAGAUGAUGGAACAACAAGUCCAUGAGACGAUCGAUUUAUUGGAUCAACUUGGGGCUAGAAACCUCCGCGAUUCUCACGAUGAUGAUGAUCAGAAGGAGGACCAAUACUCCGGACAACCCUGGCCGGAAAACCUGACGAUUUCUAACUUCACGGAUUAUCUUCUCAUUCCAACAUUGGUAUAUCGCCUGCGAUAUCCACGCACGAAAGAGAUUCGGAUCUUCUUUGUGGUCGAGAAAGUGUUUGCGGUGGUCGGGAUAUUUGGCUUGAUCUACAUGAUCACUCAGUAUUACAUCUGGGAUCAAGUCACGAAUAUCAAAGCCUUCGAUCGUGACCAUCGUUCAUCAGCUCUCCAUCUCGUCGAUAACGUCAUCCGUUUGGUCGUCCCUUUUACUAUUAAUUAUCUCCUCAUCUUUUAUAUCAUCUUUGAAUGUAUUUGUAAUGCUUUUGCUGAACUGACUAGGUUUGCGGAUCGAGAGUUUUAUUCGGAUUGGUGGAACUCAUGUUCAUUUGACGAAUUUUCGAGAAAGUGGAACAAACCGGUGCAUCAUUUCCUAUUAAAGCAUGUCUAUGCGAGCACGAUUUCGUCCUACGGAGUCAGCCGAUCGGCGGCGGCGAUCAUGACCCUAUUCCUAUCCAGCCUGGUCCAUGAAUUACUGAUGGUCAUUGUCACUCGAAAGCUGAGGUUAUAUUUAUUCUUGGCUCAAAUGACUCAAUUGCCUUUGACCUACAUUGGAAGGUCUAAGCUAUUCAAGACUAGACCUGCUCUUGCCAACGCUUUCUUUUGGGUCGGUCUGAUUAGCGGAUUCCCACUAUUGGCAGUUUGGUUAGUGUCUCCUUGA